AUGGUCGCACCAAGAAGAUCUUUCUCUAGAGGCUCUAAAGCAUCCGGACGAUCAGAGGCAAACGACGGCAUUCAGUCAGAAGAAUGGCCUGGAGAUACCAGUGAGCCAUAUAACGGACACGCCGAUCGUCAAUAUUUUACUGGAGAUGGCCUUGACACAGGUGUUCGGGUUCUCGGUGAUGGACGUCUCGAUAUUAGAAUAAAUCAGCACAAACCGAGUAUCGCAGGGCUCUUAAAUCAGAUUCAGCGUACACCCAUUCCCUCCGAACUCGAGGAACUUGAAGACCAGGAAAGCUCGGAUGCAAGUACUCCAGACGCCGGCAAAGACUUUCCGCUACAUCUGAACAUCGUCAUUCAAGUUAUUGGGUCCCGUGGCGACAUCCAGCCGUUUAUCGCGAUUGGAGCCGAGUUACAGAAAUAUGGACAUCGAGUACGACUGGCAACACAUCUAGCCUUCCGGGACCCUGUUCUCGAUGGCGGGUUGGAGUUCUUCAAUAUCGGUGGGGAUCCGGCAGAAAUGAUGGCUUUCAUGGUAAAGAAUCCCGGUCUUCUCCCUGGGCUGAGCUCAAUUCGCAGUGGGGCUAUUCAAAAGCGACGCCGAGAUAUGAAGGAAAUCAUCAACGGUUGCUGGAGGUCCUGCUUCGAAAUGGGAGACGGAACCGAUCUUCACCAGAUCAAGGAAGAUCUCUGGGGUGACACUGUGGACUAUCGACGGCGGUCCUUCGUCGCAGACGCAAUAAUUGCUAACCCCCCCGAGCCUCGCUCAUAUACACUGCGCUCAAAGACUCGGAAUACCACUCCAUAUGAUGUUCACGUAAGUCUUGUCUCAAAUAAUCUUUUUGAAUUAUUCGGGGAGUCGUAUCCCCAUCUUUCUCUCACAGAAUCGAUGUUAACACGACGCAGAAUGCCAUGGAGCCCCACACAGUCUGUCCCUCACCCUCUCGCAAUCAUCAGCCACAAUGAUUGCAAACCUACUGUCGUUUCCUUCGUCUCCUAUGCCAUAAUGGACAUGAUGAUUUGGGAAGGCCUUGGAGACAUUGUGAAUAAAUUUCGAAAAAAGGCCUUAUCCCUGGAUGCCUUAGACAGCAUCACCGCCCCAAGCUUACUCCCUCGUUUGGAGAUACCUUUCUCCUAUUUAUGGUCGCCUGCUCUGCUCUCCAAACCAAAAGACUGGGGAAAACAUAUCGAUAUCUGCGGCUUCAGCUUUCUCCCCUCGAAAUCCGACUACACCCCACCCGAUGUGAUUAAUGAGUUCCUUGAGGCUGGACCAACUCCCAUUUAUGUCGGCUUUGGCUCGAUAGUCGUUGAAGAUCAAAUCAAGUUAACACGCACUGUAUUCGAAGCGAUCGAAGCAUCCGGGCAGCGUGCUAUUGUUUCCAAGGGCUGGGGGAACCUCGGAUCCGACGAGGUAGAAGUCCCUGAUAAUGUUCUCCUUAUUGGAAGCGUUCCCCACGAUUGGCUAUUCCGCCAGGUUUCAUGCGUUGUUCACCACGGCGGUGCCGGAACAACAGCUGCAGGGUUAGCACUAGGCCGGCCAACGAUUAUCAUCCCGUUUUUCGGUGACCAACAAUUCUGGGGUAAAAUUGUCGCACACUCCGGGGCUGGGCCGGCACCCAUCCCCCACAAGCAACUAACUGCAACAAAUCUGCGGAACGCAAUUGCCGAGGCACUAGAACCAUCAACGCAAGAAAAAGCUCUUCAAAUUUCAGAAAAAAUGAAGGGGGAAUCGGGAGUGAGAGAUAGCGUCCGAAGUUUUCACCGACAUCUUGAUCUGAAACAAAUUCGCUGCUCUAUAUGUCCUUCUCGUCCGGCCGUCUGGCAUCUGAAGCAUACAAAUGUCGGUCUAAGUGCUUUCGCGGCGGCAGUUCUUGUAGAAAUGGGAAGUGUGAAGCCCGAAAACCUUAUUCUAAAUCGAGCGGUCGAGUAUGACACCUACCGAGACCCCGUUGGUCCUCUCAGUGCAAGUGCGCAAGUUUUAUUUGGGGCCAUUUCCAACUUCGUGACAGGACUUGCCGACGUUCCGACCGGUGUGGUCAUGGAUCUAGUAUCAGCUGGUCGAGCCUUGGGCCAUCCAAAUGAGCGCCAUGAUCCUCAUUCCAAGUGGCGUACCCGUAGAAAAAGCCGACAGGAUCAUUUCUCUAGCGACGAAGACAAUCAGAAGCCACGCAAUACAAGUCAGCAGCGAACGGACCAACAGCGAACAGAUCAAAACCGGGCUUCAGAUGAAUCCAUGGAUAAUUUACAAGAUUUGGAGACAGACAGCUCCUCAGUCGACGAAGGAAUGACAGACUUUUCAGAUGCAGGCCUGUCCCAAACCCGAACCCUUCAACUCGAAAAGUCGAUGACAAUGAGCGGUGGCACCGAAGCUGCCAAGCGUCAUACCUUCAUAGCCGAAGCAGCAAGCCAAGGGAGCAGGAUGUCGAAAAAACUCAUUAAUCUCUUGAUUUGGCUUCCAACUGAUAUGUCACUUAGCCUCUCCAAGGGGUUCCAUAAUGCGCCAAAGCUUUACCAUGAUCCCAUGGUAAAGACGACACCUAAGGUUAUGGGAGUCCGGAGUGGCUUCCGAGCGGCCGGACAGGAAUUGUACGACGGGUUCUACUAUGGGGUUACCGGCCUUGUAACCCAGCCUCGGUACGGCUACCGGCAGAGUGGGGCAAAAGGCAUGGCCAAGGGUAUUGGAAAGGGAAUAGGAGGGGUAUUCCUCAAGCCACCAGCAGGACUCUGGGGCCUCGCGGGCUAUCCCUUGAGUGGGGUCCGAAGAAUGCUGUUGACUUCACUAGGAAAGUCCCAAGAGGGUCAGAUACUACUGUCACGGAUCUCUCAGGGCCACGACGAAAUGAAAGCAUCGUCUGGGGAUGACCGGGUGCAAGUAGUAAGAAAGUGGGCUAUCAUUGAGGAGACCCUAAAGAAAAGAACACCUCGGCAGUGCCGAUCGCGCUCGACAGGUCAUGAUAAAUUGUAA